UAGAACGGCAAUCAGAACGAUGCCCGCAAAUGAAGGUACUUUUGACGAGAUCUUGGAGCACCAAAGCUUUGAGAAUCUAAAGGAUUCGCUGAAGACGUUUUCUAGUCACUCUUCUGAUGAUUCGCAAGAAGACGACAAUCAAGUAAACACCAUGGCGAAUUCAAUAAUUAAUGGUACAUCGUCAUCUUAUUAUCAGAGUACACCAAUUAAAGCAAUACAUGAAGACUUCUUCAGAGAUUCAUUUGAAGUCAUUCUGCAACAUGCAAUUUUCGACGGUACUUCUCGCAAGACCAAGGUUGUUGAAUGGAUAGAUCCAGAGCACCUACCGUCAAUAAUUGAUCUCCGCCUCUCAGAUAAUGGUAUACCACAUGAUGAAUUACUUAAUCUGAUCCGUGGUGUGAUUAAAUACAGCGUUAAAACAGGAAAUCCACGAUUCAUAAAUCAACUUUUCUCCAGUGUUGAUCCUUAUGGUUUAGUAGGACAAUGGUUGACUGAUGCAUUAAAUCCAUCCGUGUAUACCUAUGAAGUAUCUCCAGUAUUUUCACUGAUGGAGAAUCAAGUUUUACGAGAAAUGAGAAGUAUUAUUGGAUGGGCUAAAGGGGAUGGGAUUUUCUGUCCGGGCGGAUCAAUUGCUAAUGGAUAUGCAAUCAAUCUUGCAAGACAUCAUAAAUUUCCGAAAUUGAAAGAGAGUGGUUUGGCUGGAUUACCUCGACUUGUUGUUUUUACGUCAGAAGACGCUCAUUAUUCAGUAAAAAAACUAGCUGCCUUUCUUGGGAUCGGAACAAAUAACGUUUAUUGUAUUAAGGUGGAUAGUAUAGGCAAGAUGGAUGUAAAUAAUUUAGAAGAACAAAUUAUCAAAACUAUUCAAGAAGGUGCAAUUCCACUAAUGGUAUCAGCAACAGCUGGAACAACUGUUUUAGGUGUGUUUGAUCCUAUUAGACAAAUUUCCGCACUUUGUCAAAAAUACGAUUUGUGGCUUCACGUUGAUGCAGCAUGGGGUGGUGGUGCCUUAAUAUCUAAAAAGCAUAAAAAGUAUCUUGAUGGAAUAGAACUUGCCGAUUCUGUUACUUGGAAUCCUCACAAAUUGUUAGCAGCACCACAACAGUGUUCAACCCUUCUUAUUCGACAUGAAAAUCUUCUGCAAUCGGCUCACUGUUCUAACGCUACGUAUCUCUUCCAGAAAGAUAAGUUUUAUGAUACGUCGUAUGAUUCUGGUGAUAAACACAUACAAUGUGGUCGUCGAGCUGAUGUCUUAAAGUUUUGGCUAAUGUGGAAAGCAAAAGGAACAUCUGGUUUUGAGAAGCAUGUUGAUCGAGUAUUUCAUCUUUCAAGAUACUUUACUGAUCUGAUACGUAAUCGAGAAGGUUGGAAACUUCUUCAAGAGCCAGAGUGCACUAAUGUUUGCUUUUGGUAUAUACCUAAAUCUAAAAGGCAUUUAAGUGAUUCACAACUUGAUAAAGCUCUGCAUAAGAUAGCUCCUAUUGUGAAAGAACGAAUGAUUAAGAAAGGAUCAAUGUUAGUGACAUAUCAACCUAUUCAUGGUAAACCAAAUUUCUUUCGAUUUGUAUUACAAAACUCAGCGUUAACAGAAGAUGAUAUGAGAUAUUUUGUUAAUGAAUUUGAAGUAUUAUCCGAAGAUUUGUGAAAUGAAUGUUCUUAUUGUUAAUUAAUCUAGAUGUUAAGUUCUGAUAUUAAAAAUAAUUAUACCAAAAACCUCAGGUCUUUGGAUUGAAGUUUUUUAUUAAUGUUUUUUAGUAUAACAUUUAUUUAAUUAAAAAGUAUAAUUUGAAUAA